CAUCACGCAUGCGCGAGGACGAAGCAGGAAGUAAAUGUGUAAUAAUAAUAAUAUCAUGCGAUAGCGUAGUAGAGUGGUUAGACACCUCAGAUCAGUGGUAAAAUCCAGACGCAAAUUGACCUCCGAGGGAAUUCUUCGAGCUGACGCGAAUGUCUCGGAAAACUAAAGAAGAGUAUUAUCGUUCCUUCUCCGUGACAGAUCCACGCACUCACGAAAAGGGACAUACGGAGUAUAGAAUCACAGCAAGGUUUGUGUCAAAGAAGAGGCCUGAGGAUGUGAAGGAGGUGGUGGUAUGGCGGAGGUAUUCUGAGCUGAAGAAACUUCAUGGUGAGCUGUCAUACACUCACAGAAACCUCUUCCGACGUCAGGAAGAGUUUCCCCCCUUCCCCCGUGCCCAGCUCUUUGGGCGUUUUGACGAGGCAGUGAUUGAGGAGAGGAGGAACGCAGCAGAGGCCAUGCUUCUGUUCACCACCAGCAUUCCUGCUCUGUACAACAGUCCUCAGCUGAAGGACUUCUUUAGGGGUGGGGAUGUUAUCAGACCAUUAGACCCUUCUCCACUCUCCUCAUCCACCACCCUGCCUCCUCCCCUGAUACCUCUACCCACGCGGUCUUCAGAGUACGGAACCGAGGAAGAAGAAGGUAUAGAAGAGCCAGUCCUGCCCCAAGAUGCCGGGUCAGACCCAGGUGCUGAUCUAAGCGAGCCUGAGGCUGCAGUGGAGGCCUACAGUGAGAUGGAGAAUAGUCCCACACAGAUAACGCCAACAGAGGUCCAGCCAGAGCCUCCCAAUAACACAGAGGAAGCCACUGCAGCAACUGGAGCAGAUUCCACAGAUAGCAGCAUGGGCAUGUCAGGGAACCAGGAGGAAUUUGAUUUGCUAUUUGACUCUGUAGUGGAGGAACUGCCAGAUGAGGGCCCACCUCCUCUUUCAGACACCGAUCUUGCCAUCUUCGAUCCCUGUGCCAAAGAAGACCAACCUAAUGCAUCACAUGACCACUCAGAGCUCCUGUCACUCCCAAUGGUCAGUGCCAAUAGCACUUUGGAGUCUGUCGAGGAGGCGGGAUAUCUGACCCAGGCAGCCAAUGAACUGAAGGCCGCAAUGGAAAAGGAGAAGGAGGGAGAAUACAGUGCAGCCAUUCUCAUAUACAAGACUGCUGUGGAUAUACUGAUCAAAGGAGCUCAGGGAGACCCUGACCUCCAGCGCAGGGAGUCGGUGAAGAAGAAGACGGCUGAGUACCUGAAGCACGCUGAGACGCUGCUGGCCCUGCAGAGUGCCAAUCCCACUCCCACUCCCACUCCCACGCAAGACCAGGAGCACUCCUGAGACACUCCUGCAGGCACAUGCGCUCCAACUGCGAAUUUUAACCUACUCCUACUACACAUACACACACACACACACACACACACACAGUCCUAGCACAAAGCGUAAUGAAAUGAUAAUCUUACUAAACUGAAUCUAGGUGUGCAACAAACUGGAUCUGAUAAGCCUUAAUGAUACUAAUUUACUUAAUUUAUUUUUCCCUACAGUCACAAUUUUCUGUCAGUGUUUAAAUGUACAUAAUAUUUUGUUAGUACACCUGAUUUAUUUGAAAGACUGUUGUUUUUCUUUUGAGCAAAGGAACAUUAAAUUUGUAAAGUGA